UGGACCAUUUUAUAUUCAUCAAAUAUGCAAUAUACUAAACCAAAGGUCUAUUAUGUCUUUUGCUCGUGGUCAAUUUCUAAGUUUUGAAACUUUUUCUAUUUAAGUACCAAAUGUGAGGCUUAUCUUUGCGAGCCAUGACAUAACACAAGAGGCAUAAAAUAACAAAAUUGGGUUCAAGAGCCAGGCAAUAAAUAAUCAAACUAACCAUGGGAACUUCUAGGCAUGCAUAUAUAUAGAAUUAGCCGGCUGAUUACUCACUAGCCAUCCGAUCCUUGUCCAACUCCCCAACUUCUCCUCUUCGUUGUCUUCUAUAUGGAUCUGAGCCAGAGCUGAUAUGUUUGUAUUAGCUGUGUAAGUGCUUCUGAUAAUUAAAAACAAAAUAAAAAUCCAAAAGCAUAGUUUCAAGGAAUAAAAGCGCUUUGAGUACUCCUCAAAACCCCAGCAUUGUUAAGGUGCAAAUCCAACAAGAAUAGACACAAAACGAUACUAACAACAGUUUAUGAAAGACCCUCGUGUGCAUCAAACCUCACAUUCAGGGGAUUGCCUUGGUUCUAUAAAUAGAAACCCACAUCAAUGACAGUUUGUGUGAGAGACUCCCAUAGCAAAUAUGAAGGCUGCGUUCUUUCUGAUAUUAAUUUCUCUUACUUGCCUUGUUGCCCUGGUGCAAUGCCAUGGAGGGAGCAGAUAUGAUCUGCUAGGGAAACUUAUGCAGGCUCAAAGGUCGAAGAGGCAGUCAGAGGGUCACUCAAUUGAGUCUAUGUCCACAGAGUAUUCACCAGUCUAUAUGGGGUCUCAAGAUGGGUUGAAGGAUGGUGAUAGGAUCCAAGCAUUGCCAGGGCAACCCAAUGGGUUGAAUCUGGAUCAGUACUCGGGGUAUGUCACUGUUGACCCUCAGGCUGGGAGAGCACUCUUCUACUACUUUGUGGAGUCUCAGAACUCUUCUUCUAAGCCUCUUGUCUUGUGGCUUAAUGGAGGACCAGGAUGCUCCUCUUUAGGAUCUGGGGCAAUGAUGGAGCUGGGGCCAUUCCGAGUCAACGGUGAUGGCAAUACUCUCUCUUACAACGAAUACGCAUGGAGCAAUGUGGCAAACAUCCUCUUCCUGGAGUCUCCUGCUGGGGUUGGAUUUUCUUAUUCAAAUACGACAUCAGACUACGACAAAAGUGGAGAUAAGCAGACUGCUGAAGACAACUACACCUUUCUUCUGAACUGGUUGGAAAGGUUUCCUGAGUACAAAACCAGAGAUUUCUUCAUCACCGGAGAAAGUUAUGCAGGGCACUACGUGCCUCAGCUCUCCCAGAAAAUCCUUCAAAACAACAAGAUCACCAACCAAACUGUCAUCAACCUAAAAGGAAUCGCUAUAGGGAAUGCAUGGAUAGACUAUGAGACAGGACUGAAGGGAAUGUACGACUUUUUCUGGACACACUCUCUAAUAUCCGAUGAAAUCAAUGAGGGAAUCAACUUAAACUGCAAUUUUUCAUCUGAGACAACAAUCUCGGAUGUCUGUGAACAAUAUCUUGAUGCUGCAGAUGCAGCUGUAGGCUAUAUCUAUAUAUAUGACAUAUAUGCUCCCUUAUGCUCUUCAUCCUCAAACAGUACCCGACCGAUAUCAGUAUUUGAUCCAUGUUCCGAGGACUACAUCCAAACUUACUUGAACAUUCCUGAAGUGCAAAAAUCUAUGCAUGCAAACGUCACGAAUAUCCCAGGUCCAUGGGAGUCUUGCAACGACGCUAUUUUCUACGGUUGGAAGGACAUGCCAUUGACAGUGUUGCCAGUGAUUGAGGAGCUCAUGGUCAGUGGGAUAAGUGUUUGGAUCUAUAGUGGUGACACAGAUGGUAGAGUGCCAACAACAUCGACCCGCUACUCCAUAAACAAUCUUGGAACAUCGGUUAAGACUCCAUGGUACCCCUGGUACACCCAAGGCGAGGUCGGCGGAUAUGCGGUAGGAUACAAAAACCUAUCAUUUGUGACCAUAAGAGGAGCUGGACACUUUGUUCCAAGUUAUCAACCAACCAGGGCUCUUGCCUUCUUCUCAUCCUUCUUGGCCGGAAAGCUUCCAUCUGCAGAUGAACCCUAAACAAAGAAAUUCAUCACUAAUUGAAUUUCCUUUUUAUUGUUCCAUGAAUUACAUUACCAGAAUUUUUUUUACUUAAUUACAUAUCCCGUUAUGAUUCAAAUAAGAACAAAAGUCCAAAUUGUGCAUGGCACCCAGUGAGGGACUAUUCAAAUGGAUAAAUUUAUCAAUGGUGUGCUCAACAAAAAUUGUCGACACCA